AUGGCGCAUAAAUACUUCAACCGUAAACCCGAUGAUUGGAACAUUACGGAUUUCCUUAAAGAAUAUGGAGUGGAAUCAUUCAGGGACAGAAUAGGAUGUUACCUUAUGUCACUUGAGAGUAUAAUAAAUAAUGGAAAAGAUGAAAGAUGGACCUUCAAAGCUUUCUGCCAUUCAAGUCUUCAAAGCCGAGCCACGAAGCUAGUGUUGGGACGCAGACAAUCUCAAAGCUUGUCUGACAAGCACAAGCGUGAACAAGCUAGACCCUCCGUUCACCUUAAUAAUCCAAUAUUUACGGGAAAUCCUUUGGUUGAAAAUGCUGGAAACAUUAACGGCAGAUCUUCUAUCAAUAAUAUCAAUGAUUAUUUCCCACGACUUGAAACUCAACAUGAAGAACCGUUUGAGGAUGUGAAAAAUAAUGAGGAACCGCCUGUUGUUGGGCUACCGGAUGAUAUUCCAAAGCAGUAUUGCCAAGUCGGGUAUACGACGCCAAUGUCUCAUAGCCCAGCAUUAAACAAUUCACCGGUAGAGCCUCCAAUGCUCGUCGAUCAUAUCAAUAAUCCAUUCUUGGAGAAAGAUGAGGUAGAUGUUAUCUUAAUAAUAGAUGAUGUUGAUGAUCUAUGCUUUAUGGACGGAGACUCAGCUGAUGAUUAUAAGAUAGAAGAGACCAACGUGUCUCAUUUGUUCCGGAACUAUCAGAACAAUUCCAUAAAUAUGCAAAAACAGAAGGUUUAUUUGUUGAUUGAGAUUCACCAACGAAUUAUCCCGACACAGCAAACUGCAUUGGAUUUAGAGUGUGAAGCAAAGUUCAGGGAUGCAAUAAAGCGAGUCAUUACCCUUUACGAAGAUCAAAAUGAUCCUAGUGAAAUGACAUUGGUAACAAACUAUUUAGAUCACGUAAUGAGGGAGAUGUUGCAUGAUCCCAACAGACACAUUGUUGAAUGGCCCAAUACAAGUCUUGAUGAAAGCAAGGCGAGGAAGUCAGAAGGAAGAUCCAAACAACCAGACUUCGUAGUAACUGUGAUUCAUCAAUUGCAGACAUGCGGUGUCAUAUUUGUGGGCGAAACCACAAAGAGAAGAAAUCACGGACGUAACAAACAUGGACGUGGUCAUGUCAAGCCAGUGCGGUGUUCUAAUUGCGCUCGCUGCGUUCCAAAGGACAAGGCUAUUAAACGCUUUACUGUUCGUAACAUGGUAGAAAGUGCAGCUAUUCGUGAUAUUACCGAUGCUUCUGUUUACCAAGUUAGAGUAAGAUCACGCGAAGGUCGUCGUAAUCGUGCUCCACCACCAAGAAUUCGAUAUAACAAAGAUGGCAAAAAGAUUAAUCCUAAUGUUCAACAAAAAGCGACUACAUAA